AUGGUGAUAAUAGAUGCUGAGCCGUGGGCGGAGGAGAAACCAAAUGACGAACUUUCGGUGGGAUCAAACAAACAACUGUUUGGGUUCCAGGAUCUAGCGAGUGACUAUUACCAGGUCCUACGCCAGCACAGCAGGCCCCGGGUCUGCAGGUUUCUCUGGACUAUCACAAUUACCUUCCUGAUGGGGAUCACCUUCUACAUGAUCUACAAGCUAGUGUACGACUUCCUCCAGUUCAACUCCUUCAACGUCUCCUCCACCAAGUGGAAGGAUCAUGUAAUCCUGCCUGCUAUAUCAAUAUGCGGCACUAACUUCAUCAAUUACACCCUUCUCUCAACUGAACUCAGUGAACACCACACUGACACUGGGGAUCUUCUACAAGACUUUGACGACCUCCUCACAGAUGUCAUCAAGUUCUCCACUUACGGUAACAUCCUGAACGAGCUGAACUUGACCAAGUACUCUGAUCUGCUGGAGUGGGAGGGGGAGAACGGGUCGAUAGCCCUGCGGUUCAAGACGGGGAUAUAUGACAUGUUGGUGGGGGAGUUCGACUACUUGUUCAGGGGUUCGGGGUUCAUAAUAGAGAACCCCCAGAAAGUAGUGAACCCCUCAGCGCUGGGAAUGUGUUUUGAACUCAAUGAUGGGGGUCUGAUGAAGCAGGACAUCAGCGGAGCAAACGGAGGGAUUGUUAUUGAUCUGGACGCUAAAGUAAAGGAUUAUCUCUUCACCACCUCCACCAAGGGGUUCGUAGUCUUCAUAAGGGACCAGGAUGAAACAGUGAUGUUGAACCAGGGAGGUUACCUCGUCUCUCCAGGCACAGAAGCCUUUCUCAAGCUGUCAGCCCGGUCUGUCACCAGACUGGGGAAGCCCCACGGGACUUGCAAAAACAAUUUGAGUAAGUACUCCAAAUAUGGGAAGAGGUUUGAGAGUGUCAGGGAGUGCAAGCAGAGACAGACCAUAGAAGCUAUGGUCGAGCAUUGCGGCUGUAUCCCCUGGUAUUUUGCCAACAGAAUGCUCAGCUUGAAGAAGUAUAAUGUUCUAGAUGACGCAGUAAGGUUAACACAGGAAGAAGAAGGAUCUGGUCAUCAGGAUAUCAAACAUCACAGAGAUGAGGACCAUGAAGAGGAGGCUGAGUCUGGAGUAGAGCAUAAACACGCUGGGGUUUAUCUUAAUACUGGAGGAGAUGGACAUGAUGGUGAGGAUGCUGGACAUGAUGAUGAUGAUGAUGAUGAUGAUGGACACAUUGAAGAUGAUGAUCUUACCAAUGAAGAUGCUGAACACACUGAAGAAGAGAAGUCCCACAAGAGAAGAUCCAUUAACGGUUCACGACAAAAAAGAGAAUUACCUAAAAAGCUCGAGAGAGCUUUUAAGAAAGCUAGGAGAAGAGAUGAUCAUCUCUACGAUGAGCCGGUACGUUUUAAAAGAGGCAGCUCACAUGAAGGCGCCACCGAUGCCCCCGAGUCUGCCACAGAGUUCGCAACGGAGUGGUGGCCCACUGCAGCGCCUAUCUACAACACCAACUACUCGGACUACAUCUGCACCUUCACAAUCCAAGCAGUGUGUGACAGUGUUAUAGAGGAUGAGAUAAAGGAGGGCACAUUAAAGAUGGAGGGGUGUCCGGAGCCGUGCCAGUACAAUGAGUGGGAUGUGGAGCUAGCCACCACUGUCUUCCCCUCGACUGAGAAGUACUUUGAAAAGUUCAUCCAGUUUGAGGUGUAUGUGGAUCCGGCUCCUGAUUUCAAGUACGCCCGAGAGAACAUGGCCAGGAUCCACAUCUUCUACGAUGACAUUAAGAUGGACGUGUUGGAGCAGGAGAAAGCGUACGAGGCCCAGAACUUCAUAGCUGAGUUUGGGGGUACUGUAGAUCUCUUUAUUGGCUUCUCGUUCUUCACCAUAUUCCAACUUAUAGAGAUAGGCAUUGCAGCUUGUAUCUACAAAUGCCUAGGGAGGAGAAGACAAUCUCCUUCAUGUUCUAAAAAGGACGAUACUCUUCCUUCUCUGGAUGAGAGGGAUACUGCACGUGCAAAUGAGCUGGAUACUGCAUGUGCAAAUGGGAAUGGUAAGACUGGUGACGAGACAAUAGAAAUAAAUAUUAUUGGUAUCAGUUUAGAUGAUCGAGAUAAAACGGACAAAAAAGAUAACAACUAUGUAAAUGUCGACAUUUCUAACACUAAUAGGACAGCAUAUGAGUGAAUAUAUUGUUGAUGAAUGAAGACUGUGAUAUAGAAACUUGAACGUGAAAAAACUUUUAAAAGCAAAGUAUUUAAACAUUGAAACUUCUUACGAUUGUUGGAUUUAGUCUAUUUGAAAGUAGUUACUUACUUAAACAUUAUCGAAUUAUUAAAAAUAUGUUUAAGUUAAAACAUGUAACUGUAA